CAAGCACCAUCAGCUUCCCAUUUUUCCAGCGGAACUAGAAUGCAGCAGUAGGCCGACACAGGGGACAGGACAACAUGGCUGCUGCUGCGGGCCGAUACUACGGAGAAGGCGGCAGAGCAACGAAAAGACAGAAAACUGAAGACGGAGGAAUGACAACGGAGAGCUACGAUGAUCCUCAUAAACCGCUGCCCUCCCCGGUGGUGCAUAUCAGGGGCUUGGUGGACGGUAUCAUGGAGGCUGACCUGGUGGAGGCCCUGCAGGAGUUUGGGGCCAUCAGUUAUGUGGUUAUGAUGCCCAAGAAACGCCAGGCACUGGUGGAGUACGAGGACAUGAACGGCUCCUGUAAUGCUGUUACAUAUGCAGCAGAGAAUCAGGUUUACAUUGCAGGCCACCCAGCCUUCAUCAAUUACUCCACUAGUCAAAAGAUUUCCCGGCCAGGAGACUCAGAUGACACCCGGAGCGUCAACAAUGUGCUGCUGCUCACAAUCAUAAACCCCAUCUAUCCCAUCACCACGGAUGUGCUCUACACAAUUUGUAACAACUGUGGGCCUGUACAGAGGAUUGUAAUCUUCAGAAAGAACGGUGUCCAGGCCAUGGUUGAGUUUGAUUCGGUCCAAAGUGCUCAGAGGGCAAAAGCCUCUCUGAACGGAGCAGACAUCUAUUCGGGCUGCUGCACUCUGAAGAUCGAAUAUGCCAAGCCUGCGCGCCUUAAUGUCUUCAAGAACGACCAGGACACGUGGGAUUACACAAACCCUAACCUGAGUGGCCAAGAUGCUGAUGGUGAAGGCAAUUGGAACAAUUCACAAGAUCCCAAUGCCAAUCCCAACAAACGCCAGAGGCAGCCGGCUCUUCUGGGAGACCACCCCCCUGAUUAUGGUGGCCCACAAGGAGGCUAUCAUGGCUACAACGAUGACAGCUACGGCCCCCCUCCUCCCCAUCGCAUGGGGCCAGGUAUGGGAGGCCGUGGCCGGGGUAGCCAACGUUAUGGUCCUGGGUAUGGACCGCCGCCACCUGAGUACGGUCCUCAUGCCGACUCCCCAGUUCUAAUGGUGUAUGGUCUGGAGCCGUCUAAGAUCAAUGCUGAUAAGGUCUUCAACAUCUUUUGCCUCUACGGCAACGUGGAGAGGGUCAAGUUUAUGAAGAGUAAGCCUGGAGCAGCAAUGGUAGAAAUGGGGGACUGUUACUCCGUGGACAGGGCCAUCACUCACCUCAACAACAACUUCCUUUUCGGACAGAAGCUCAACGUUUGUGUGUCGAAGCAGCAGGCUAUUGUGCCAGGGCAGUGCUACCAGUUAGAGGACAACACUAGCAGCUUCAAAGAUUUCCAUGGAUCCCGCAACAACCGCUUCACUUCACCGGAGCAGGCGGCUAAAAACCGAAUCCAGCACCCCAGCAACGUCCUACACUUCUUUAACGCACAGCCCGAUAUUUCUGCAGAGAUCUUCAACCAGGUCUGUGAAGAACUCGGUAUCAAGAGCCCCACAAGUGUGAAGCUUUUCACCGGAAAGAGUGAGCGAAGUUCAUCUGGUCUGCUUGAGUGGGAAUCCAUAAAUGAUGCCAUGGAAGCUCUAGCUUUGAUGAACCAUUAUCAGAUGAAAAACCCUAGUGGGCCUUACCCUUACACACUGAAGCUGUGUUUCUCAACCACACACCAUGCCAACUAAAUACUCUCCUCAAACUAUUUGUAACGUUUUGUGUCUUUGCAUUGAGUAUACCGCAGUUCUGUUGUCACGUACCAUUAAAACAAUAUUGACAAAAACUAAGAUUAAUGUGCUUUAGAAAAGUUACUUAAAUUAUACGUUUUUUUAAUGAUUUAUUUUAAUUUUACAAAGUUUUUCAAUCAGUUGUUUAUUUUGUAUGUUCCCAACACUAGAUCUGAACACCACCACCCCCAAGUUUUUGGUUUCUAAAUAAAGUGAACAGUAACUAUAAUGUGAGUGCUGCUUUAACCCGUGUUCACGUCAUCAAAGAUGUUUUGUAUCAUCAUUUCUUCAGGUCCAUUCAUGGAAAUAAAGGUCCAGUGGUUUGCCAGCUUUUACCAAGAGAAGCAGCUGUAGUUUUGUGCUCCUGCAGAAAUGAUGAAGGAACUCUCCAUUCACUGCUGAUCAGAGUUACUGGAUAGUAGAAGUGAAAACGUCUUCUUUAAGCAGCAUUCAGUCUUUAUCAACAUCAAGUUGUUAAUUCUUUUUGGUAAACAGUGCUGUGAAUAUUCCUUUUGCUGGAAGUUCAUUAGUAAAGCAUUAAAUGUA